AUGACAUAUGCGCAUUGUGAAUGCAGAAUAAGGGCAUGCGCUGAGAAGAGCAAUGAAGUAACUUUCGAAUCGCCUGAGAACAGUCACGCGAAAACUGAUCCUCAUGGACGUCCGACUAGAACUGAACUGUCAGUUCGGUUGGAACCGUUACAUAAUGAAGUACGUGGAUAUCUGGCCGGAAGAGAGGAAAUGGAACAAACCGUCGAGCUACAUCGUUCUGUUACCGUCUCUCGCGAUGCUGUGUUUUGUGUGUGGUCCACAAACCAUAAAUCUGCCCUUCAUCGCACAUGAUCUGAAUCUGAUGGUCGAGAAUCUAUCGAUGGCUAACAUGAUCAUUACGAUUUUGCUCAUGAAGACUGUAGCUUUUUGGAUGAAUGGCCAAUGUAAGAAUUUCAUCCUGAUAUCAUCAUAAAAACUAUAUUCAAUUUUAAAAGAGAUUACAACAUAUUUCAAAAUAUUACUUUUCUGUUUUUUUUUAGACAAGUUUAGUUCAAUGUCACGAAAAAUGUAA